AUGGCUACCAGUGACGAGACCCUAGCGGCAGCGGUGGCCAUCAUACAGGGGCUCGCCAAGGAUGUGCCCGAGUCCAUGGCUUUGCCAUUCAAUGGCCAUAAAGCAAACCCACCGAUAAAUGGCCUUGAUGCCGCCAAAGUCAAGCUUCCAGGAGAAGAUUCUGACGGCAAGGCUGCUCUGGAAAAAGAGCUAUCAGCUCUCGUUCGGAGGGUGAAUACUAUGCAAACCUUUGUGCCGCCCUCUCGGCGAUCCGGGCGCACCUCAAGCUUGAUGAGUUCUCGCAGCCUGAACAACGGACGAAGUGCGGAAGGUUCAGUCGAGCGUAGCGAGGAAGUUAAUGGAGAGGAGAGUGACAGCGAGGACAACUAUGAAGACAACAUCAGCUAUUUACGAAACCGAGUUCAGCUACAAGCUGAGCAGAUUCAGCUCCAGAAAGAUAUAAUUUCUAAAAUACGGGAAGAGCUGCGGCAGCAGGAAGAGCGCACACAACAGGCUCUCGUGAAAGUGGAACAUGAAGAUGUCGGUAUCCUGGAGCGAGAGCUCCGAAAACAUCAACAAGCAAACGAAGCCUUCCAGAAAGCCCUGAGGGAAAUAGGUGGAAUCAUUACUCAGGUUGCAAACGGUGACCUUUCGAUGAAGGUACAGAUUCACCCCCUUGAAAUGGACCCUGAAAUCACAUCAUUCAAACGUACGAUCAAUACCAUGAUGGAUCAACUCCAAGUCUUUGGCAGUGAAGUAUCCAGGGUAGCAAGAGAGGUAGGAACCGAAGGUAUCCUUGGAGGCCAAGUUCAAAUCACUGGUGUUCAUGGCAUCUGGAAAGAGCUGACGGACAAUGUGAAUUUCAUGGCAUCCAAUCUCACCAAUCAAGUCCGAGAAAUCGCCACAGUUACCACUGCUGUCGCCCAUGGCGAUCUUAGCCAAAAGAUUAAGAGCUGGGGUCAGGGUGAAAUUCUCGAACUCCAACAAACUAUCAAUACUAUGGUGGACCAGCUUCGGACUUUUGCUACUGAAGUUACCCGUGUCGCUCGUGACGUGGGUACUGAAGGUGUGCUUGGAGGCCAAGCUCAAAUUGAUGGUGUCCAAGGGAUGUGGAAUGAGCUGACCGUGAACGUGAACGCCAUGGCUGAAAACUUGAGUACUCAAGUCCGUGAUAUCGCGACGGUUACCGCCGCGGUAGCUAAGGGUGAUCUUACUCAAAAGGUAAAAGCAAACUGUAAGGGAGAAAUUUUGGCUAUGAAGACCAUCAUCAACUCCAUGGUUGACCAGCUCAAGCAAUUUGCCCAAGAGGUUACCAAAAUUGCCAAAGAAGUCGGCACAGAUGGUGUACUUGGUGGUCAAGCUACUGUGCAUGAUGUUGAGGGUACAUGGAAAGAUCUUACAGAAAAUGUCAACGGCAUGGCUAUGAAUUUGACUACCCAAGUUCGAGAAAUCGCCGAUGUAACAACCGCCGUCGCGAAAGGAGAUCUCACGAAGAAAGUAACUUCGGAUGUGAAGGGAGAAAUAUUGGAUCUGAAGAACACCAUUAAUAGCAUGGUGGACCGUCUCAAUACCUUUGCAUUUGAAGUUAGCAAAGUUGCCCGUGAAGUCGGCACUGACGGCACGCUUGGCGGUCAAGCAAAGGUUGAUAAUGUUGAAGGCAAAUGGAAGGAUUUGACAGAUAAUGUCAAUACUAUGGCACAAAAUUUGACCAUUCAAGUUCGUGCAAUCUCAGAUGUUACACAAGCCAUUGCAAAGGGUGACCUUAGCAGGAAGAUUGAAGUGCACGCCCAGGGAGAAAUCCUUACACUGAAAGAUACUAUCAAUAACAUGGUUGAUCGCCUUGCCAACUUUGCGCACGAAUUGAAACGAGUCGCUCGAGAUGUCGGAGUUGAUGGCAAAAUGGGUGGUCAAGCCAAUGUUGAAGGCAUCUCUGGUAGAUGGAAGGAAAUUACAGAAGACGUCAAUACUAUGGCUGACAAUCUUACGGCACAAGUCCGUGCUUUCGGCGAAAUUACAGACGCUGCAACUGAUGGUGAUUUCACGAAGCUUAUCACAGUCAAUGCUUCUGGUGAAAUGGAUGAGCUUAAACGCAAAAUCAACAAGAUGGUUUCGAAUUUGCGAGAUAGUAUCCAGCGAAAUACGCAAGCUCGUGAAGCUGCAGAACUUGCUAAUCGCACCAAAUCAGAAUUCCUUGCUAAUAUGAGUCAUGAGAUCCGAACACCCAUGAAUGGUAUCAUCGGCAUGACCCAAUUGACGCUUGACACUGAAGACUUGAAACCAUACCCUCGUGAAAUGUUGAAUGUUGUGCACAGUCUUGCUAACAGCCUAUUGACAAUUAUCGAUGAUAUUUUGGAUAUCUCCAAGAUUGAAGCCAACCGAAUGGUGAUCGAGAAAAUCCCUUUCACUGUUCGAGGAACCGUCUUUAAUGCCCUAAAGACUCUUGCUGUCAAGGCAAACGAGAAGCUCCUCAACCUCACAUAUCAAGUCGAUAGCUCCGUUCCCGACUAUGUGAUUGGAGACCCGUUCCGCUUGCGACAGAUUAUUUUGAAUUUGGUUGGAAAUGCCAUUAAAUUUACUGAGCACGGAGAGGUCAAACUUACAAUCAGCAAGUCAACAAGGGAAGUAUGCAAAGUUAAGGACGAAUACGCCUUCGAAUUUUCGGUCUCAGACACCGGUAUUGGAAUUGAGGAGGACAAACUAGAUAUGAUUUUCGACACCUUCCAGCAAGCGGACGGGUCCACAACACGGAAAUUUGGCGGAACUGGGUUAGGAUUGUCCAUCUCCAAACGAUUGGUGAAUCUUAUGGGCGGCGACGUCUGGGUAACAUCAGAGUUUGGCCAUGGCAGCACGUUCCAUUUCACUUGUAAAGUGAAGCUUGCCAAUCAGUCCUUGGAUGUGAUUCUGCCACAGCUUUUGCCGUAUCAAAGUCACCAUGUGCUAUUCAUCGACAAGGGUGAAACAGGCGACGAAGCAUCGAAGAUUACCCGCAUGCUUCGACAACUAGGGUUGGAACCAAUUGUUGUUCGCAACGAACGUAACGUUCCUCCACCCGAGAUUCAAGACCCGACUGGAAAGGAAUCUGGCCAUGCAUACGACGUUAUCAUAGUUGAUUCUGUCGAAGUCGCCCGAAUACUGCGCACUUUUGGGGAAUUCAAAUACAUCCCCAUUGUCCUCCUAUGCCCCGUUGUUUCUGUCAGUCUGAAAUCGGCUCUAGAUCUAGGUAUUACUUCAUACAUGACGACGCCAUGCGAGCCUAUUGAUCUAGGCAACGGUAUGCUUCCAGCACUUGAAGGCCGAUCUACACCUCUCACGGUUGAUAAUUCCCGAUCCUUUGACAUUUUGUUGGCAGAAGACAAUGAAGUUAAUCAGAAGGUUGCUGUCAAAAUUCUCGAAAAAUGCAACCAUGAGAUCACGGUUGUUAGCAACGGUCUUGCUGCCGUUGAAGCUGUCCAACACCAUCGGUAUGAUGUCAUCCUUAUGGAUGUGCAAAUGCCGAUUAUGGGUGGUUUUGAAGCAACAGGCAAGAUUCGUGAAUGGGAAAGGGAAAAUGGCCUUUCGCGAACUCCUAUUAUUGCAUUAACGGCGCAUGCUAUGCUUGGAGACCGCGAGAAAUGUCUCCAGGCUCAAAUGGACGAGUAUUUGGCAAAACCCUUGAAACAGAACCAAAUGAUGCAAACUAUUCUCAAGUGCGCAACGCUUGGUAACCCUCUCUUUGAAAAGGGGAAGGAUUCAAGACUCGGCUUACAGACCUCUGCUAAGGCUCAACGCCCAGCACUUGAAGCCCGUGCCCUUACAGCCAGCAAUCGCUCAAGCAUACUGGAUCCCGUAAGUAACCUUUAA